AUGUCUCGUUUCUUCCACGGUGGCGGCAGCGAUAGCGAGUCCAGCUCCUCCGACGAGGAAGAGCUUUACUCCGAUCACGAUGAGAAGGAACAGUCCGAGGAGGAAGAGUCCAGCGAAGAAGAUUUCUCCGAGGAAGAGGACUCUGAGGAAGAGUCUAGCGAAGAUGAAGAUCGACCCAAAAAGACUGGUGCCAAUAUUUUCUUGAAAGAUGAGGGCGAGGAUAGCGAUGAGAGCGAGGAUGAGGACAAAGUGACUGUUGUCAAGAGCGCAAAGGAUAAGCGACUUGAAGAGUUGGAGAGCACUGUCAAGCUUAUUGAGAAUGCUGAGAAGAUCGGUGACUGGGCUGUUAUUUCGACUGAAUUCGAUAAGCUCAACCGACAGCAAAUUAAAAUUACACAGUCGGGACCUACACCAAAGGUCUAUAUCAAGGCCAUCGCAGAUCUUGAGGACUACAUUAAUGAGACUAUUGCGAAGCAAAAGACCAGUGGAAAGAAAAUGAACGCCAGCAACACCAAGGGCCUUAACGCGGUGCGACAACGUAUCAAGAAGAAUAACAAGGAUUUCCAGGCCGAGAUCGACAAGUACCGCGCUGACAAGGAUGCCUAUAUGGAGGCUGUCGAAGCCGAGGAGGCCAAGGUCGAAAGACCAUCCCGAGUCCGCGUUGCACCCACUCUCGAUGCGCUCAGCCUCGCUGAUGAGGAGGGUUUCUCAACCGUUGGCCGCGGCGGUAAGACCUUGCAAUAUACUCCCGAAAGCAUCCUCAAACAUUUGCGUAUCAUUGUCGAAUCUCGAGGAAAGAAGAACACCGACCGUUUGGAGCAAAUUCGCACCAUGGAGAAGCUGCUCGAAGUCGCUCAAACUCCUUACCAACAGAUUCGCGUCUACCUCACUCUCAUCGCCACUCGUUUCGAUCUCACAACAUCUACCGCAAAUCACAUGAGCCCCGAGCAAUGGAAAGCCGCCGAGACCGAGUUUACCAAGCUUCUUGCUGUUCUUGAAGAAAACCGCAACCACAUUGUUACAGAGGGUGCUGAGGAAUGGGAGGAUGAUGACAAGCUGCCCACUGUUGCUGAGGGAGAGGUUCUUCGCGUACCUGGAAGCAUUGUAUCGUUCGUCGAGCGCCUUGACGACGAGCUUACUCGAUCACUUCAGCAUAUCGACCCUCACACUGCUGAGUAUAUUGAGCGACUUGGCGAUGAACAGGCAUUGUACACUGCUCUCCUCCGCUCACAAUUGUAUGUUGAGGAACUCGGCAAGAGCGACAAGAGCGAGCCUAGACAGGACAGCCUUAACCGGGUUGUUAUCAGAAGAUUAGAACACGUAUACUUCAAGCCUUCUCAAGUCGUCUCUAUCUUGGAGGAUGCUACCUGGAAGGCCACUCCACCCACGUUGGAAUCGGCCAUCACUCCUCGUGCAUCGACUUCUGAUGUGCCUGCUCUGGUCCAGACUCUCUGCAACUAUCUUUUCAAAUACAGCGAUGGCAUCAUCCGGGCUCGCGCAAUGCUUUGCCAGAUUUACUUCCUUGCUCUUCACGAGAACUACUACCGCGCUCGUGAUCUUAUGCUCAUGUCUCACUUGUCAGAGAACAUUGCCAACUUUGACGUCAGCACACAAAUUCUUUUCAACAGGACGCUCGUCCAGAUCGGUCUAUGCGCCUUCCGUGCUGGUUUGAUCUACGAGGCCCAGAACACACUCUCUGAUAUCUGCGGUAGUGGACGUCAGAAAGAGCUCCUUGCGCAGGGUAUCAUUCUUCAGAGAUAUUCCACCGUCUCGCCGGAGCAGGAAAAGCUUGAGCGUCAACGUCAAUUGCCAUUCCACAUGCACAUCAACUUGGAACUUUUGGAGUGCAUCUACCUCACAUCCAGCAUGUUCCUGGAAGUUCCUCUCAUGGCACAGACAUCUUCCAGCCCUGAGAUGAAGCGACGCGUCAUCUCCAAGACCUUCCGCCGUAUGCUCGACUACAACGAGCGUCAAGUCUUCACAGGUCCCCCCGAAAACACAAGAGACGGCGUCAUCAUGAGCGCAAAGUUCCUCGCCGCCGGCGACUGGAAGAAGGCCACCGAGAUCUUGAACUCGAUCAAGAUCUGGGACCUGAUGGCUCAACCCGAGAAGAUCAAGGAGAUGCUCGCUGAACAGAUCCAAGAGGAAGGUCUGCGUACUUACCUAUUCACCUACGCACCUUUCUACGAUACCCUCUCCGUCUCCACACUGUCCAACAUGUUCGAGCUCUCCGAAAAGAAGAUUUCGUCGAUUGUCAGCCGCAUGAUCUCCCACGACGAACUAGCCGCCGCCCUCGACCAAGUCAACGACGCAAUUGUCUUCACCAAGGGCGUCGAGCUGUCCCGUCUGCAAUCUCAGAUCGUCACCCUCGCAGAUAAAUCCAUGUCCCUGCUCGAAGCCAACGAGAAGACUCUCGAGCAACGCACACAGGGUAUGGCCAACGCCUUCCAGCGAGAACAGGGACCUGGUGCCCGCGGUGGCCGUGGCGGUGCUCGCGGUGGUGCUCGUGGUGGCGCUCGAUUCCCUGGUGGCGGCCAGGGACGACGACCAGGCGGUCAACAAUUCGGCGGUGGUGCAUUGGGCGGUGCUAUUAAGGCAUAG